GCUGUUUUUUACAACAACCAACAAAGAAAAUAUGAUCCAUACUCAAAUUCUUAUAAUGAGGGCUGGAAGGAUCAUCCAAAUCUCAGAUAUGGUCCUCCUCAAAACAAUAAUCAAAAUUUUAAUCAAGCAAAUAGGGGAAAUCUGAAUUUAAAUCAUCAACCUAGCCAAGAUAGAAGUGCCCAGAUGUUUGAACAAAUUCUUAAGAAAAUGGAUGACAAGUUUUCAAGUUUCGAUUCAACUCUUAAACAAGUUCAAGAAAAACAAACAGCUACUGAUGUGAUUAUAAGCAACUUGCAGGCUCAAAUGAAUCAAAGAAUCCCUUCUCAACCUUUUCCAAAUCCAAAAGAAAACAUAAGUGCUGUGGUUUUAAGGAAUAAGAAACAAUUGCCUGAACCUAAGGGUAGGGAUAGGGUUGAGAGUGAGAAAGAAGUUCCUAAAGUUGUGAACCUUGAGUUAGAUGAGGCUACUGACAGCAGUUCUCAUGGGGCUGAAACAGUGGGAGAAACACCUGGGAAUGAUAACUCAGACCAAGGGGAAAGGGUAGAAGACAUGGUCAGACCUAAAGCUCCCUUCCCGAGUAAGUUCCUUAGCCAAAAGUCUAGGAAUAAAGCCUUAGAUCAAGAACUUUUAGAUACCUUUAAGAAGGUAGAGAUCAAAUAGGGAGUCUUAAAUUUGAUAGGGCAAUGCUUGAUUUAGGUUCUUCUAUAAAUGUAAUGCCAAAAGAUGUUUUUGAACAACUACACAUAGGAGAUCUUAAGAGAAUAGGAGUGGUAAUCCAAUUGGCAGAUAGAAGUUACACUUAUCCUGAAGGGAUUUUGGAAGAUGUUUUAGUCCAAGUGAAUGAUUUUGUUUUCCCAGCUGAUUUCUAUAUCACUUUCCCAUAUGGGAACUGAUAAAACGGACAUUCCCAU